AUGGAAAUUGACAGUCAAGAGGAAGCAACAACAACAACAAGUAACCUAAGCAAACGGGAUAAGAAAACUAAGAAAAAAUUUAGAGCUGUAAAAUCGACAACGGUGAGGGGCUUAGAAGUCGAUAUAAAAGAAAGCAAAAAUACAAAGGAUAAAUCCACAAAGAAAAUUUUUAACUUAACCAAUUCGUCUAGUGAUAAUGUUAGUAAUAGCUCUAAAGAUGAUAUAGAGGAAUUAUUGUCACCUAUAGUUGUAAUAGAGAGUUUUAAAAAGAAAAAAGGUAGAGAUACUUUUGACAAAUCAGUUUUUAAUGGAGAUACUAAGAAUAAAACCAAUGGAUUACGUUAUGAGAUAGAUGAAUACAAUGGAAAUGAAGAUUAUGUCGAUAGCAUUAGAAAGAGCAAGGGGAAGAGUAAAAGUCAGAAUAAAAAAUCGGGGAAAACUUUAUCAAAUAAAACAAAAAAAAGGAAACGAUAUAUAAGCACUGACGAAGACAGUGAUGAUAGCAGCAGCCUAACUGACAUAAGCAGCACGGACAGUGAUGAUGAGAUUUCAAUCUCUAAAAUGGUAGCUAGUGUUGUUAUAAAUAACACAAACAACAAGUAUCAAGAGCAUCCAACACUCGCAUCACUUCCUCAAUCAACUAUCGAUGAAUUCUUCAGUACAAACGUAAUUCAAGUUGUUGGUGAUUCAACGCUCAAACCAAUUAUGUCGUUUGAACAAUUGAUGGUAGACAAGGAAAUUAAACGUGUCUUGGCAAGAUUUGAUAAACCAACGCCUAUUCAGGCUACUUGUUGGCCACUUUGCUUGAGCGGAAAAGAUGUGAUUGGAAUUGCAGAGACGGGGUCAGGCAAGACUCUAGCUUUUAUUGUACCAGCUGUUAUACAUAUUAAAAGUCCACCGUAUAGUCCACCCAAUCAUCAGCCUUUUGCCCUCGUCAUCGCGCCGACACGCGAACUAGCUAUUCAAACACAACGACAAUGUGAAAUGUUUGAUUCAACAUGUGGAAUUAAAAGCGUUUGCAUUUAUGGUGGUGUAUCUAAAACAGAACAACGUAAACUAUUGCGAAAAGGUGCACAUAUAGUGGUUGCUACACCUGGUCGCUUACUUGAUUUGGCCAGUGAUGGCGUAUGUGAUAUAAGCAAUGUUAAAUAUCUUGUACUUGAUGAAGCUGAUCGUAUGCUCGACACAGGAUUUGAAGAAGAUAUUCGUAAUAUCAUUUUAAAAACACGAGAAGAUCGUCAGACUGUAAUGUUUUCUGCAACUUGGCCAGAAUCUGUUCGUAAAUUGGCUACCGAUUUCCUAACCAAUCCAAUUCGAGUUAAUAUUGGCUCACAAACCCUAUCCGCAAAUAGAAAUGUUACCCAAAUAGUAGAAGUAAUUGAUGAUCCAUCAGAAAAAGAUCGUCGACUCGUAACGCUUUUAGAAAAGUAUCAUAAUCGAAAGAAUAGAGUUUUAAUAUUUGUUCUUUAUAAGAAGGAAGCAUCACGUGUUGAAAAUAUGUUAGCGCGUAAAGGAUAUGAAGCACAAUCUAUUCAUGGUGAUAAGAGUCAAUUUCAACGUAUAGAAGCAUUAAAUGCAUUUAGGGAUGGAAUUUAUCCGCUUUUGAUCGCAACUGAUGUUGCAUCAAGAGGAUUAGAUAUUCCUGAUGUAAAAUAUGUAAUUAAUUACACGUUUCCAUUAACUAUAGAAGAUUAUGUUCAUCGCAUUGGACGAACUGGACGUGCAGGCAAUAAGGGAAUUUCUCAUACUCUUUUCACAUCUUGCGAUAAAGGACAUUCAGGCGAACUCAUUAGAAUAUUACGUCAAACAAAUCAACAAAUACCUGACUCACUACUUCGAUUUGGUACUGGUAUUAAAAAGAAAGAGCAUAAAGCUUAUGGAGCUUUCUAUAAAGAAAUUGAUUAUAAUGUAAAACCUACGAAAAUCAAAUUUGAAGAUUGA